UUCAUUAGAAUCUAAUUUUCGUAAAAAAACAUAGUUUUUAAAAAUUAAAAAUGUCUACUUUGUCUAUGUGUAAAAGUAAAGUCUGUAAUCCACUACAUUUGCGUGGCAUCGAACCUAUUCCAGCUCGACCAGAAAUAAAAACAAAAUGCCAAGGAUUAAUUAUUACAGAAGAUAAAAUGAAAAUAUAUAUGAAAAUCUUUCUUGAAAAUGUUGAACGAGGUUUAAAAAAAUCAACACAUUUCAAUUCUACCGUAAAGUGCUUCCCGACAUAUAUUCAAGAUUUUCCUGAUGGUUCCGAAUCAGGAAAAUAUUUGUCUCUGGUUUUAGAUGGUUGUAACUUGAGAAUUUUCUUGUUAGAUAUUCACAAUAGACAGUAUAAAAUGGAUCAGAAAAUAUACAGUGUCUCUCAAGACAUUAAGACAGGAUCCGGUGAACGACUAUUUGAUUUUAUUGCUGAGUGUUUAGCAGAAUAUACCAAAGAUAAAGGAGUUAAUAUUGAUAACAUUCCAUUAGGAUUUAUCUUUAAUUUUCCACUUGAACAAAAAGGGCUUAAGAUAGGUAUCUUAAAACUUUGGACAAAUGGCUACUGCUGCGAGGGUGUCAUUGGUAAAGAUGUAGUCAAAUUAUUAAAUAAUGCUAUUGAUAAAAGAGAAGAUUUGAAAAUCAAUGUAGUUGCUGUUGCGAAUAAUACUACAGGAAUGUUUAUGGUGUGUGCAUUUAAAGAUUUUGAUGCAAAAAUAGAAAUUAUCGUUGGUGUGAAUACUAAUAGUUGUUAUGUGGAAAAACAAGUAAAUGCAGAGCUUUUUGAUGAACCAGAUAGAGGCUCGGGGAAUGUGAUUGUUUACAUGGAAUAUGGAGAUUUUGGUGAUGACGGUGCAUUAGAGUUCUGCAGAACGCAAUUUGAUAAAGAUCUUGAUGCUGGAUCUACAAAUGUAGGUAACCAACUACACAAAAAGAUGAUAUCAGGUAUAUACUUAGGAGAACUUGUAAGACUGGCUGCCGUAAAAUUUGCCAAAGAAGGAAUUCUAUUUGGGGGUCAACUUUCCGAUGAUUUUAAAGUACAUGACAAAUUUGAAACUAGAUUUAUUUGUGAAAUUGAAUCAGAUCCACCUGGUGUGUUUACUAAUGUGAAGAGUAUUCUUAAUAAUUUGGGGGUAAGAAAUGCCACUGAACAAGAUUUUAAUGAUAUUAAAUACUUGAGUCAAUGUUUCUCUAGAAGAGCUGCUAUCCUGAAUUCUUGUAUGAUUACAGUUCUGAUACGUAAAAUUGGUUAUCCAAACAUUACUGUUGGAGUCGAUGGAACGCUGUACAAAACUCACCCUCACAUUCAUAGUAUUUUGAUCUCACAGCUGGAAGUACUUUUAAAACCGGAUCCAUACAAAUUUAAAAUUAUGCUAUCUGAAGAAGGUAGCAGUGGAAUUGGUGCAGCUAUAAUGGCUGCUGUUGUAGAUAAGAAAACAGAACUAUUAUUUGAGCAUAUGCUCGAAGAACCACCUGUUUCUUUUGUGCUACCUAUUUCUGAAACAGAGGUGCAACUUACGGAUAUACCCAAAAUGUCAACUGAACCUUCAACAUCUGCAUCUAUACCUGCUUCAGAAGUCUCAUCUCUGCCUGUGCUCGAAGGACCAGCUCAACCGUCAUCAAUUUCUGCUCUUAAUGCAGACACAUCUUUAAUCGACAUACUUGAUACGAACAUUGCAGGUCCAUCCCAGGAACUGUUUGUAGAAGAACCAAUUGAAAGUAAAUCAAAAGUACAAUUUGUAGAUGUACCUGAGAUCUCUAUUGUAGAACCUCCUCAACAAAUCACUGAAGAUGACAGAGAGGAGGAAGAAGAUAAUGUUGAUAGUACAACACAAAGACGACGACGUAAAAAAAAGACAAAAGACGUAAAAAUUUUACACAAUAUGUAUAACCUAUACCACUAAUUUUCGCAUACAGACUCGCGGAUAUUCCACUAAAAAUAUUACUGGUAAUUUGCUAAUUGUGAAGUGUUCUUAUAUAUUAGGAUUAAACAAUCAUUCUUGGAGUUUGAAUAAUUGAGAAUUAAAAAUGGAAGUAAACAAGCUACGUACUAGCAGAUAACGUGCGUACAACAAGUAAUGUACUUACAAAUCCUUUAAUUAAAAAAU